AGGCUUGGUGUACCCAAAAGUCUCGGCGGCUCGGAACUUGUUGGCGAUGCCCGGCUUGCAGCUGCCCCCCACGUCCCCCCCGGUCCCCCUUUAAGCCGCCGAAGGACAGAAAGGCAACAAAAGACACAGGGAGAGAGAAACGAGAAAGAGCUGCACCUCGCAAAUGGUGGUAUUAACUAUAGGAUGGGACUUAAGUUGAGCGGCAGAUACAUUUCUCUGGUCCUUGCUGUGCAGCUAGCGUACCUGGUGCAGGCAGUUCGAGCGGCGGGCAAGUGCGAUGAGGUCUUUAAGGGCUUCUCGACUUGUGUGCUCAAGAUGGGCAAUAACAUUGCCGGCUACCAGCAAGACCUGGACGACAAGAGAAAUCUGGAAACCAUCUGCCGGUACUGGGACGACUUCCACGCCUGCACCCUGGUGGCCCUGACGGAUUGCCAGGAAGGGGUGAAGGACGUCUGGGAGAAGCUGAAGGAGAAGUCCAAGAAGCUCGACUACGAGGGCAACCUGUUCGUCCUGUGCAGCAAGACCAAGGCGGCGGCCACCUCCUCCUCGCUGCCCUCGGCCUCCCCGCUGCUCCUCCUGGCGCUCUCGGCCGCCCUGGCGACUUGGUUCUCCUUCUAGAGGCGCCCGGCGGGCGGAGGAGGAGGAGGAGGGAGAGAGAGCGAGAGAGAGCCCGGCAGAGCCCCGGCCCGGAUCCCGUCGCCAGGCCGCCCGCCCGCCCGCCACCUCCCCUCCCUGCCUCCGGGACCUGGAUCUAUCGAGGGGACAGUCUCCGUCCGUCCUUUGGAUUGGGGGUGGGAAGAAGGCCGGCGGAUGCGGCGGGUGCUGCUGCUGCUGCAGAGGUGCCACCGCCGCCGCUCGAGGAAGGGCUGGACUGGACCGGACCGGGGAAGGGGAAAGAGGGGGAACCCGCCUCCGAGGGCCUCCCCUCUCCCCCCCUCUCUCCUCCUCUCCCCCUUCCCUCCCGUCGUGCUUUGAAUGAUUUGCCAAAAUGGUACCACAAACGGUGAGCCACCAAGAGCCAAAAUCGGACCUCAGCUUUACUCCCCUCUCCUUCGGAUCCGAGGUCAACCGGAGCCCUCUUUUUGUGCGCAAAGGAAUCUCAGGAACGGCUUCGAGCCACCACCGAAUACUAAUAAAAGCAUUAAUAGGUAAUAAUAAUACUAAUUAUACUAAUAGUUGCUAUUACUAGCGCUGCUCGGCGGCCACAAAGGAGAGGCCCU